AUGAAACCUCUGUAUAGUUUACUGGAACAGGGUAGUGUUUUUAAGUGGACAAAAGCAUGUCAGCAAGCUUUUGAUGUAGCAAAACAAGAAAUUAGCUCUGAAUUAGUUUUAGUACAUUAUGAUAUAAAUAAACCUCUAAGAUUAGUGUGUGAUGCCAGUCAAUAUGGUAUAGGAGCCGUCCUAAAUCACGUAGAUUCAGACGGGACAGAAAGACCCAUUAGUUUUAUUUCACGGGUGUUAACAAAAUCUGAAAAAAAUUAUUCAAUGAUUCAUAAAGAAGCGUUAAGUAUUUAUUGGGCAGUACAAAAGUUUUAUCAAUUCUUAGCCGGUAGAAAAUUUGAAAUUAUGUCAGAUCACAGACCCCUCCAAGCUUUGUUUGGUGAAACACGUAGUCUACCACAAAUGGCAGCUGGAAGGUUACAACGAUGGUCUUUAUUUUUGUCUAAUUUUGACUACACUUUUAAAGUUAUUAAAGGGUCAGAGAAUGUUAAAGCAGAUGCUUUGUCCAGACUCCCGCUACCAUUUGAGGAAGGUGGUGAAGAAGAAAUCUAUGAUUAUUUACAUUUUGUUGAAAAUUGUGUGCCAAUAGAUGUUAAUAUAAUAAGAUCUGAAACAAGAAAAGAUCCUAUCUUAAGCAAAAUAUAUAAUAGUCUUAGAUACGGUUUUCCUGAAAAACCAGAUAACGAGAUACUAAAACCAUUUUUUGUCAGAAAAAAUGAAUUAUAUAUUGAUAAUGAUAUAAUAAUGUGGGGUUACAGAGUGGUAAUUCCAACAAAACUGAGACAGCAACUAUUGAAGGAAUUGCAUAACACGCAUGAGGGGAUGGUUAAGAUGAAAGCAAAUGCAAGGUCUUAUUUUUGGUGGCCUUCCUUAGAUAAUGAAAUUGAAGAUUAUGUUAGACGUUGUAAUAUUUGUAUGUUAGAAAGACCAGAACCAUUAAAAAGUAAAGCAGCGAGUUGGCAAGACGCAAAACAUUUGUAUGAGAGAGUUCAUGCUGAUUUUUUAGGACCGAUCAGGGGGAAAAUGAUUCUCAUAAUCAUUGAUAGUUUCUCUAAAUGGCCAGAAGCCUUUGUAAUGAACAGUACAAAUGCAAUUCAUACUGUUGAAAAAUUUCGAGAAGUUUGCUCGCGUUUUGGGUUACCAAAAUUAAUCGUAACAGAUAACGGUACUCAAUUUAUUUCAGAACAAUUUUCACAAUUUUGUUUUUAUAAUGGUAUCAAACAUAUGACCUCUCCUCCGUAUCAUCCUCAAUCAAAUGGGUUUGCAGAAAAUAGUGUAAAAACGUUAAAAUCGUCAAUAACAAAAAUGUUCAAAGCGGAAAGCAAGGCAGUAUCAAUGGAAACUCUUAUAAAUAGAUUUCUGUGUCAUUAUCGUAAUUCUAUACAUCAAACAACGGGAUAUAGACCCUCCGAAUUAGUUUUUAAAAACAAAAUAAGAACUCGUUUAGAUUUAUUAACAGAUAAUAAUAAAGGUGUUAAGGCAAAUAGAGGUAGUCGGAGCGUGAGAGUAGUGGAAUUUGAUGAGGGAGAAUUAGUAUAUUGUAGGGAUUAUAGAAUGCCUAAUAAGAAGAGUUGGGUAUUGUGUAAAAUCGAUGAAAGGUUAGGUGACAAUGUUUAUAUGUGUAGGUUAUUAAAUGAAAAUGUUGUGUGGAAGAGGCACCUAGAUCAAAUUGUAAAGGCGCUUCCUCCAAAUGAUGGGAGUGUUGUUAACAGUGAAGAGAGGCGAGAUACUGUUAACCAAACUCAUCAAUCUCAUCAUCAAAACGCAGAGACACAAGAAGCUAUUGUACCUUUAACUCCUAGUGUUAGGUUAGAACAAGAAAACGUCAAUGAACCUCUUAAGGAAGUAGUAGAAAAUGAUGGAGGUGAACCUGUAAUAAUUAAUACUAGACCAAAGCGUCAGUUUAAACCACCUCAGCGCUUAAACUUGUGA